UUACAGAUCAAUACGUAAUAGGUUACACACGAAAAUACGUUUGACAUGAAAUAAGAUCCUCCCAUAAUGCAAUUUGAGUGUCGGCAAUAUGGCGGCGAUUGCCACUGUUUCCAAAACUGUCGUCCAAGUUGGGCGGCAUGGAAAGGCAACAGUACCUCGCUUGGUUAGUGCAGUUUACAUCAGCAAGAGAGAUGAAAGUACCAACCUAGCUUCCUACAAGAGAGGCCGUGGAGGAAGGUCCUCAUUCAGUGGAGUUGUUGCUACGGUAUUUGGUGCCACCGGGUUUGUUGGCCGCUAUAUUGUCAACAGACUAGGUAAAGUAGGGUCACAGGUGAUCAUCCCUUAUCGUGGUGAACCACUUGACAUUCAGAGACUCAAGUUGUCAGGGGAUUUGGGACAGAUCUUGUUCUUUCCUUACUCCCUCCGAGAUGAGGAGUCUGUGAGGAAGGUAUUGCAGUACUCCAAUGUUGUCAUCAAUCUGAUUGGACGAGACUGGGAAACAAGAAACUUCAAGUACAAUGAAGUUCAUGUGGAGUCUGCCCGCCUAGUUGCCAGACUGGCCCGGGAGAAUGGUGUGGAGAGACUGAUCCACUUCUCUUCACUCAAUGCUAGUCCUAACCCACAACAGAUUUACAUCAAAGGAGGAUCACGCUUCUUGAAAACUAAGUAUGCUGGUGAAGAGGCUGUGAGGGAAGAGUUCCCCGAUGCCACCAUCUUCAGACCAGCUGACAUUUUUGGGGCAGAGGACCGAUUCAUCAGAUACUAUGCCAGCGUCUGGAGGAGAGCUCGUGGCACCAUGCCUUUGUGGCACAAAGGAGAUGCCACCAUCAAGCAGCCUGUUUUUGUAUCGGAUGUGGCGGAAGCAGUAAUCCAGGCCAUCAGAAACCCUGAUUCUGUGGGACAAACAUACGACGCUGUUGGGCCUCAUCGCUACUAUCUGGCUGAUUUAGUGGACUAUUUCUACCGAUGCAUGAGGUUCCAGAACUUCAAGAGGUCAUAUCUUUCUCCAGUUUUCAGAAUGAAAACAAUGGCUAUGUCCAUGGCUCCAGCAACACCAAUCUACACCAUGGAGAAAAUCGAGAAGGAUCAUGUCACCGACAUACUGACCGGAAACCCAACACUUGAAGAUCUCGGCGUCAACCUGCUGAGGCUGGAGGAUCGGGCUCCGUUUGAGCUGAAGCCCUUCCGGAUGAAUGCGUACUAUGACGAGGCCCUCGGGGAGUUUGCCGACCCAGUCCCGCCUCCCGUUGUGUCAUGAAACUCAUCAGCUUUAGGAUGUUGAACUAUGUCUUAGAUGUGAAAUGUGUCACUUCUUUAAAACAAAAGCUUUGCCAAAUUAGGCUAAUAUUUGGAACCAGUUAAAAACUCAGCUUCUGCUCAUGGAGUUUUGUCAGAUCUCUCGAUUUACAAUCAACUGACACUGUGGACAUCACUGAAGAGCGUGUGGUAACUGUAAAUAUGAGACUGUUGUAUGUGAAACUGGCGGCCUGUUUUCUGAUGUUCACAGAAAGCUGACCCACAGCCUAAUGUGAACUCUCCUUCAUGAGGCUGUUUGGUUUGCAAAACUAGGAUAAUUUAAUAAAAUUAUUGAAACUUA